AUGCGGAAUAGAAACACGAGAGGACGCUCUUCUGGAACGCUGGACACCAGUCAGAGCGAACUCGCGAGCGCGGUGGACGCUGCGGAGUUUGUGCCUGCCGGGUCUGGGGCACCCGAGCACGCACCAACUGAGCCAGACUUGGCUGCCUUGACACUUUCGGGAGAGAGACUGAUCGCAGCGAGACCAACCGCUCAAGGAUUUUCAUCGACACAACAGAACGAACGGGGUACGGCGGCCGGUGUACGAAAGCCCAGGCGUGGCCGUCUCACCCGUGCGGCAGCAGACACACCCCUGCUCACCGCUUUCCUCGAAGAAGACUUCCGAGUCCGUUGGCGACUUGCUGGCGAUCUCGUCGUUCGAUGCGUACGGGACCCGCCAGCACUCUUGCCUUUCAACGUCAGCGAAUACCACUCGCUGCUUCCGCUAGAGCCGACAACCAACCCGUCGGCCACUGCCGUGGUGUACAAAGCCGUCUCAGCCGAGAACGGGCGAGCUUACGCACUCCGACGCUAUCUGGGACCGAUGCUAGCCCGCUCCGACGGCGUUGUCCGAGCAUUUCGGAGCUAUAGUGCGGUCAGUCACCCGAACAUUGUUGCGCUGCGAGCUGCGUUCACUACGGAAGCGUUCGCGGCACUGGACUUGUAUCGGCAACGUGCUGCGUCCGGGAGCGAAGCAGGCAUGCCCGCGAAUGGCCGCGGGGCAGACGGACACGCAACGGACCGAGAGCUCAUUUUCGUAUACGAUAUGUAUCCCACAGCAAAAACGGUACUCGAAUAUUAUUUUCAGGGGGAAACUCCAAGCCUGUCGGAGGAGCUCUUUUGGGUGCUCGCACUGCAACUGGUGUCCGCUGUACAGGCGUUGCAUCAGCAGUAUCAUCUGAGCGCGUACGGCGCGAUCGGGGCACACCACGUCCUCGUCGUUGCGCCAAAUCGCCUAAAACUGAACAAGCUCGGGAUACCUGCUGCGUUCGAUCCCGAUGACGAGGACCUGGUACUCAGCAGGGUACCCGAGUACCAGGAGCAAGACUGGAUAGCGUUGAGCGAGCUCUUGCUGGCUCUGGCGGCCCGCUCGAAUGCCCAUGCGGUUCGGGAAGGCAGAGUGCGGUCGCUUGGAGCAGCAAUCGAGACGAUCCGUGCGCUCUACUCCGCCGAUGUUGAAAAGUUUUUACAGAUGCUGGCCAAUCCCGCGCAAAUCUCAUCGGAUGCGUGGAAUCAAAUCCUUGUGACGCGCGUGUGGUCCCCGUACGAGCAUGCGCUGAACCAUGGUGAUGCGCUGGAAACCAUUGCACAGGAACAGCUCACCGAUGGAGACCUUUUCGUGGUUGCCUCUAAACUUGCCGCCGUCACGGAACGUGCGGAUGUCGUCGGCGACCCGCAGUGGUCCGAAGUCGGUGAUCGGUACCUCCUGAAACUCUUUCGCGAUCGGGUCUUUCACGGCACUGAUCUCGAUCUUGAACGCAUCCGAGACGAGCUGCGGCGACUCAAUGCGCGCACCGAGGAGCACAUGCUGUUGCAUUCGAGGGAUGGGCGCUCGCGCCUCAUCGUCACCUAUGCAGAACUCGCCCGCUUUCUCGAGACGGCAUUACAAGACUUGGCUGGGCGUCUCGCGGCGCAGCGCGGUUGCAUGUGA